AUGUUUGGCCAUCUCAGGGAAAGAAUUUUGCAUGUUAAGCUUUACGGUUUGAUCGACUAAGCACUAGCAAUUAAGUUACAUUAGUCUUUUAAGAAUAAACAACUUUAUGAUAUCUAACUUAUCGCCGUUUCUAUUAAUUCUCAUGGUGGUUCACUUAUCCAAGCAAAGAAUAUCUGUACUGCAUUGAAAUAUUUCUCAUAAAAAACUAGUGCUCCAGUUUACACUUUCGCUGAAGAUAUGGUUUUAAAUAGUGCUAAUCUUAUAUUAAGUUCAGGAAAUAAAGUUUUUGCUGGUAAGUAUUCACUCUUAGGAGAUUUUGGCUAUAGCUACUAAGGAUUUGGUUAUAAAGGAUUAUUGGAAAAUUAUAAUGUGAAGGCAGAAUUUGUACAUGCUGGUGAAAAGAAGGUUAAACUCAACCCAUUCUAAGAUUUAAAAUAAGAAGAUGCCUAAUGGAUGAAGAAUUAUUUACUUGAAAGCGAAUAUGAUUUAAAGAGUUCUGUUAUCUAAACAAGAGCUUAGAAGUUCCAUGAUCUUAAAUUAUCUAAUGAAUAAGUGAAUAAAGAACUUUUGGAAAAAGGUAUGAUUGAAGCAGAACAAGCUAAAUAAAUAGGUCUUAUUGAUGGUAUUAAAACUUUUGAAGAACUUGCUCAUGAAUAAUAUCACGGAGUCAAAAUUUUAGAUGCUAUUCCCACUGGAUCAUUUACUAAUAAUUUAUUAAAAAGCAACACAUUAUUUUCUAAUUCAUUUAUCUGA